AAAUCCAUAGGUCAGAAUAACUUCUUACAGUAUGUUGUCAGAAUAAUCUCAUGAUGUGGAGCCCACCAUUAAAAAAAAAUGCCAAAAAAAUACCCUAUCCACCCUCUCUAUGUGUGUAUUCUGACAGUAUUUUGUGAAAAAUUUUUCUGUACAUCAAGCAUGACUAUAUUUUAUUUAUGUUAUUAUUGCCACAUCAAUUAAAGCGAACAGAAGCAAUAUUCACGUAUGAGAAUUUGGCAGUGGGAAUCACUCUUCUUUGGACUGCAGUUGGAAGUAACGCUAAAAUUUCAAAUAAUAUAAUCUCUCACUUUUCAUAUCAAAUUUCUAUCAAGCAAAACCAAUAUUCACUCUUCUUUGUCGCUUAAUAAAAGAUGGUUUCUUCGUAUAAAAUUUCCUUUGCUCUUGCGCCCGUUGGAAAUUAUAUGUCCUAAUAGUUUUGGCUAAGCUUUAAGCAUUUUGUAAUAAUCAAGUUUACUUGUUUUAAGUUAAAUAUUUAUUGUUAGUCAAUAAGUCGUUCAUUUCGAAAGUGAUAUUGAAUAACGUUUUUUUUUUUUUUUUUAAGUGAGAAAAAAAAUAUUUCCCUUUUAAAGCUUUUGGGAUGGUUCGUGAUCAAUUUGAUUUUGAAUGGCUUCUAAAUUAGACAUGAUCGAUAAAAAAAAAAAGGCAAGAAAAUCAAUAAAAGGAAAAAGAAAAAUAUUUUCUUCCCUUCCAUCCCACGUAUAUUUUCCUUCCUUAUUUUUUCCCUUAAACUUACCAGUCUUAUAUCUCCUUCCUAAGAACGCAUAUGAAUGUAAAUUAUAUAUAACCCUCUUCAUUUUUCAUCUUUCUUCCGCGUUCAUCGUUCGGCCAAAGGUUACUGAUAGCAGAAGUUGAGGUUAUUGUUGAUGAAAUGGAGCCCUAUGCCAAUUUGUGUUGUAUUUUGAAGGUGAAUACCCGUUGUGAUGCAUGUAAGAGGAAGACAUUGGAAGUAUUGAACUCCAUUUGUGGUGUAUAUUCUGUCACGAUUAGUACAGAAGAAGGGACGGCAAGGAUUACAGGUGAGGUAGAUCCAAAUUUAUGCCUAUCUGCAUUAGCUAGAACUGGACAACAUGCUGAACUUGUAUAUACCAAACUCGAUCACCCAAGACUAGGUAGAGGAGGGGGUUAUUACAACAACCAAGAUUAUUAUAGUAGUCCCCAUAAAUACAACCAUGGUUAUGGGUACUCUCGAUAUGGUGCCCUAAGUGAACCUUAUUGGAACCAGAGUGCUUUGCCGGGAGGCAUGUCGCAUAAUUCAUACCAGCACUAUCCAUUGAGGAGGGCAUUGCCUGAAUAUUCUUCCUACAACUCAAACUACUAUUACGAUGCUACUCCUAUGGCUGCUGCUGGCCGGUCUUGCAACCAUUACUACUAAAGAAUGAGGAGAUUCUGAAUUCACUUUCAAGAUUUUCAACAUAUUUUUGAUAUAGUUCGUACUCGGAAAUUAUACCGUAUUUUUCUGCAGCUUUAAAAAAAAUAUAUUAUUGAUAAGGAAAAGACAGUUUUUUCUUUUGAGCAACUAUGGAAAUGACAUUUGAGUAUAA